CCAAGGGUGAUGUUGGUAAAAGGAUGUUUUCAAACUUUGCUCCGAAUAAUUCCCGGAUACAUCCUGACAAUAAGGCUGCUUGCUUUUGUUUUGUUUUGUUUUUUUUAACUUUUCUGAGUGAGGUUAGGUUUUUGGGGGUGAAAGGGAGAAUUUGUGGGGCCCAGGAGUGAAGGCUUGAAACUAGGAUUUUGCUUUGCUUUGAUUUUGGGGUGACCAGGACUUUGAGUGUUCUGUGAAUGGGAAGGUUCCACCAAACUUAUUUGGAGGAGGCAGAGCCUGAGCCAUCAUCCCUCGCCUCCUAGACACCUCGGGUGGGGUGAUAGGAGUGUUCCUAUACUACACCAGUUUAAAAAGUGGUCCUCUGGGAAUGGAGAGCUCUUGUGUGUUCCUUCUCUCUAUUGUUGAAGCUGUAUAUUUGCUCUAGGGAAGGAUCUAUAAGGGUCCCCCAAACUAGGUUCCCUGCCUCCUCCCUCCAGGGCCCCAUCCACCUCAGGCCUGUGCCUGUAUGCUCUCAUGCGGUCUCCAUUUCUCCCUCCUGUCUCUGGGGCUCACCACACAGCGCUGUCUCUAGGCCUGGGGAACCUGCCCCAGUUUCCACGCCUGCUGUCCUGGCCAGAUGAUGAACCAGUCUCAGAGAAUGGCACCUGUGGGCUCUGACAAAGAGCUGAGUGAUCUUCUGGACUUCAGCAUGAUGUUCCCGCUCCCGGUGGCCAACGGGAAGGGCCGGCCUGCCUCCUUGGCUGGAACCCAGUUUGCAGGCUCAGGACUCGAGGACCGAACCAGCUCAGGCUCCUGGGGCAACAGUGAUCAGAACAGCUCUUCCUUCGACCCCAGCAGGACGUACAGCGAAGGUGCCCACUUUAGUGAGUCCCACAACAGCCUACCUUCUUCCACGUUCUUAGGACCUGGGCUUGGAGGCAAAGGCAGCGAACGGAGUGCUUAUGCCACCUUUGGGAGAGACACCAGUGUUAGUGCACUGAGUCAGGCUGGCUUCCUACCGGGUGAGCUGGGCCUUAGCAGCCCUGGGCCACUAUCCCCAUCGGGUGUCAAGAGCAGCUCCCAGUAUUACCCCUCAUACCCCAGCAACCCUCGGCGGAGAGCUGCAGACAGUGGCCUGGAUACACAGCCCAAGAAGGUCCGGAAGGUUCCACCUGGUCUGCCCUCCUCCGUGUAUCCACCCAGCUCAGGUGACAGCUACAGCAGGGAUGCCGUAGCCUACCCCUCUGCCAAGACCCCCAGCAGCACCUAUCCCUCCCCAUUCUACGUGGCAGAUGGCAGCCUGCACCCCUCGGCGGAGCUUUGGAGUACCCCCAGCCAGGCGGGCUUUGGGCCCAUGUUAGCUGAUGGCUCGUCCCCUCUGCCCCUUGCACCAGGCAGCAAUUCCGUGGGCACUGGUGCCUUCGGGGGUCUCCAGCAGCAGGAACGCAUGAGCUACCAGCUGCAUGGGUCUGAGGUCAACGGCACACUUGCCGCUGUGUCCAGCUUCUCAUCUGCCCCUGGCACUUACGGUGGGACUUCGGGCCACACACCACCUGUGAGCGGGGCCGAAAACCUCAUGGGCACCCGAGGGACUGCAGCCAGCAGCUCAGGGGAUGCACUUGGGAAGGCACUGGCCUCGAUCUACUCCCCGGACCACUCCAGCAAUAAUUUCUCACCUAGCCCCUCAACGCCUGUGGGUUCACCCCAGGGCCUGCCAGGGACGUCACAGUGGCCCCGAGCAGGAGCGCCCAGUGCCUUAUCUCCCGGCUACGAUGGGGGUCUCCAUGGCCUGAGCAAGAUGGAGGAUCGCUUGGAUGAGGCCAUACAUGUCCUUCGAAGCCACGCUGUGGGCCCUGCUAGUGAUCUCCAUGGACUUCUGCCUGGCCAUGGGGCGUUGACCACAAGCUUCCCCGGCCCCAUGCCACUUGGCGGACGGCAUGCGGGCCUGGUUGGUGGAGGUCACCCUGAGGAUGGCCUCACCAGUGGUGCCAGUCUUUUGCAUAACCAUGCCAGCCUCCCCAGCCAACCCAGCUCUCUCCCCGACCUCUCGCAGAGGCCACCUGACUCUUAUGGCGGACUCGGAAGGGCAGGUGCCACAGUGGGCGCAAGUGAAAUCAAGCGGGAAGAGAAAGAUGAUGAGGAGAACUCGUCGGUGGCCGACGCCGAGGAGGAGAAGAAGGACCUGAAGGCCCCACGCACGCGCACCAGCCCAGACGAGGACGAGGACGACCUUCUCCCCCCAGAGCAGAAGGCCGAGCGGGAGAAGGAGCGUCGGGUGGCCAAUAAUGCCCGUGAGCGUCUGCGGGUCCGCGACAUCAAUGAGGCCUUUAAGGAGCUGGGCCGCAUGUGCCAGCUGCACCUCAGCAGUGAGAAGCCGCAGACCAAACUGCUCAUCCUGCACCAGGCCGUGGCCGUCAUCCUCAGCCUGGAGCAGCAGGUGCGAGAGCGCAACCUGAACCCCAAAGCGGCCUGCUUGAAGCGGCGGGAGGAAGAAAAGGUGUCUGGCGUGGUCGGGGAUCCCCAGCUGGCGCUGUCGGCUGCUCACCCUGGCCUGGGUGAAGCUCACAACCCGCCGGGGCACCUGUGAGGUGUCACAUGGGUCUCCGUGGGACCAUGGACCACCGCACUCUUCCCGGGGCGUACCCAGGACGACUCUGGAGGAGGCAGGUCUCCAGCAAGGCGUAGCAGAGGGCUUGGGCUCCAGAGACACUGUGGGGCCUCAGGGGGCCACAGGGCUCCAUGACAGUCCUGUGACCUGACCCCAGUGACCAAGCUGAAGGAGCUUCCCCCUCGAUUAACCGAAACUGGAAACGAAAGCCGCAUGCUCACUUUUCAGAAAAGAAAAAAAAAAAAGAUGCCUUAACUGUGGAAGACGGAAGAAUCGGAUGCACCCUGGCAGGGUGACCGGGGCUGGCUUCUGGUUCAGAGCCACCAGCACAUCGUGCCUAAGCGUAUUUUUUUUUUUUUUUAAGGAGAAUAAAAGAACAUUAGUUAUCAGAUUUUUUUCUAAUGUAGACAAAACUUAGCAAGAACGAGGCCUUCCGUGUCUUAUUUUUUUUUAAGCUUUCUUUUGCGUAUGUUUUGUAAGCAACAAAUUUUUGUAUAAAAGUCUCCAGUCUGUUGCUGUUUCUAGAA